AAGCCCCGCCCACUUGGGAGCGCCUCACGGAAGUGCAGCUGCUUGCCGCGGGCGUCAUGGCUUCAAGGUUACUUCGCGGAGCUGGAGCGCUGGCCGCCCAGGCCCUGAGGGCUCGCGGUCCCUUUGGGGUCGCCGCCCUGCGCUCCAUGGCAUCUGGAGGCGGUGUACCCACUGACGACGAACAGGCGACGGGGCUGGAGAGGGAGGUGAUGUUGGCUGCGCGGAAAGGACUGGAUCCAUACAAUCUCCUUCCUCCAAAGGCAGCUGCAGGCACCUUGGAAGACCCUAACUUAGUUCCCUCCAUCACCAACAAGCGACUAGUGGGUUGUAUCUGCGAAGAAGACAACAGUGUUGUCAUCUGGUUCUGGCUGCACAAAGGCGAGGCCCAACGAUGCCCUGGCUGUGGAACCCAUUACAAGCUGGUGCCCCACCAGCUAGCCCACUGAGCCCCUGCACCCACUCACUCUAAACGUGUUGUAAAGAUUUCUUCUUCCCAAUAAAGACUAGCCGUUGCGUUGGCUCCUUCUCCUGUAA